UCAGUAGCAAGAACAAAGUGGAAGAAGCAGCAUUAUUUAGUUAAAAAAAUUAUUAUUAUGGCAUCAUCAAUAGGGACAUGGAUGGGUGGUGGUGGUGGUGGUGGUAGUGGACGUCGUACAGAUGUUGGGUUUGGCAGUCCAUUUUCUUCAGAUAUAUGGGAUCCAUUGGGCUUGGGCUUUGGUGGUGGAUUAGGCUUGAGGCCUGGUGCUGGUGGGGAUGAUGAUGUUUCUGCUUUGGCCCAUGCUACUGUGGACUGGCGUGAAACUGAUAAAAAUCAUAUUUUUCGUGUUGAUAUUCCUGGGGUGAAGAAAGAAGAUGUGAAGGUGCAGAUUGAAGAUGACAACAUACUGGAGAUAAGUGGUGAAAGAAUAAAAGAAGAAGAAAAAGGCGACGACAAGUGGCACCGUGUGGAGCGUAGCCGUGGCAGCUUCCGUAGAAGAUUCCGGCUACCGGAAAAUGCUGACGUGGAAGAAAUAAGUUGUGGGCUUGAGAAUGGAGUUUUAACAGUGAAUGUGCCAAAGAAGGAAACACAAGAGGUUCCAAAAAAUGUUAAGUCUAUAGAUAUUGCUUAGAUUACUACUGCUAGUUUGCCUUUUGUAUGUGUCCUUGUGAAUAGUACGUGUGUAAGUUUACAUAGUGUAUGAAGGGCCUUUAAAUAAGUGACGUUACUAUGUGUUAUUAGUUGUAUGUACAAAUAUGAACAUCUGCUUUUGAAGUUUCCCG